AUCAUGCCAAAAGCUCAGCCUCACUGAACAUUGUGUGUAGACAUUCUGCCCAGCUUCUCUUAUAUUUUACUUCAAUUCGUGGUGGCAAUAUGUCUUUCUUCGAGGAAAGUGACUAUGAAAAGAAACGAAAUAUUGCAAUUGCAACAAACCAGGAGAUGUUCGCCAGCCUUUUUCCUGAAGGAGUUCGAUCUUUGUACCCGCCACCACUAACUCCUUCGCAGCCUUCGAUCAAGAAGAACAAUGUGGAGCGUAGACAAUCCAAAGUUCCAUUACCCAGAAGACGACUUCCUAAACGUCAGUGUAGAUCCUUCGUCGGAAAAUAUGACUCAGAGAAAGGUGACGACGAAGAAGACAUUGAGGAAGAAGAUGUUCGCUCUCCAAACACUCUUAAAAUUAAGUUGUGGCCUUCGCGCAAGUCCAAGUUGCCAAGUUCAUCUGGAAGCGAGGAUUCAGACAAUUCACCGAAGCGAAAGCGACCGGCUCCAAAACGACCACCCAUGCUUCCUGUCGAAAUUACCGAAGACGAUUUAAUUCUGGUGGCAGAACGUGUGUGUGACAAAAAUUAUGAUCAGACGAAUGGAACCUCGUGUCAUCAGUGCCGUCAAAAAACGGACGAUUUAAAGACAGUAUGUCGUAGCUUGAGUUGUAUUGGAAUACGCGGGCAAUUCUGCGGACCUUGCCUCAAGAAUCGGUACGGGGAAGACGCUAAGAAAGCCCUGAUGGAUCUUAAGUGGCAGUGCCCUCCGUGUCGCGGAAUUUGCAACUGUAGCUUUUGUAUGAAGAAACGAGGUCGAAGAUGCACUGGUAUCAUGAUCCAUCUAGCCAGAGAGCGCGGAUUCAAAGAUGUGAAGUCCUUCUUAGGUGAUUGACAUUGACUAAGCGAUUAACUUAAAUAUUCAGAUUAGCUAUUUUUCGAUUUACAGUGAAAUUUUUGUCUGGAAGAUUCCUUUCUACUUUUAACUGAACUGAUUGCUACAAAUUUCGUUUGCAUUGAAUUUAUUUUCUGAGAAAUUGGAGGCUGAGAAUUAAAAUUAUUAGUGUGUAAAUCAAUCUCCCUGGAUGAUACGCUCGAUAUUUCUGCGAGAACUUACCAGUACUAUUCAUUUUUAACUAUGAUAUAUUUUAUAUACGAUAUAGCAAACUUGAUUUUUUAAUUUACAUUUAUCUACGCAUUGGACAUAGCAGUAUAAAGUCAAGAAUUGCUUGUGUUGGAAAUUAUUCUUACCCAGUUUACGAAGUGAAUACAUAGCCAUUGUUAACUGUAAGACUAGAUGUCUAGUGCAUGGUUAAAGUACGUUUCUUAGUUUUAUGGCUAUUGCAUAAAACUGUGCCAAAGGAGCACUUGAGUGUGCACUUGUUGUGUUUGUAGACUUCUCUCAUUCUCAACAAAAACAAAUAGAAGCUCACUGGCCUUUAUUGAUUGUAAUUUGAAAUUUAGGAAAUGGUUAGAUCACUCAGGUUGUCAUUAAACUU